AUGGACUACCCACGAUAUCAUAAUUACAACCGGUCACAGGAUUACGAAUAUUACGACGACAAUCCAUGGGCAGAUAACGACGAUAAGAGGAAGAUUGACCGUCGCUACACACACGCAGAAGACAGUGAACCACCGAGGGCAGCCAGGCAGGGCGGAAGAAGGUCGGAAACUAUGACUAGCUGGAUACAACGUCAGGCAAACUCGCAUGGCGUGCAGCUGGCGGGUGCGGCGGUGCUGUCUGGAGUUGCGGUAGCCGGUGCAAUUCUUGGUUACCAGAGCGUGAAGCGCCAGGCAGCUGUCGAGGAGCUCAAGGCUUCGAUACCGGCCUGGGAUGAGAGUUCUGUUGAGAAGGUUGUGACACCACCGAUAAGCGAGGAGGAUCGAAGAAGUGCUUUGCUGGCUAAGAGAGCUCAGCAGGGAGACUACGAUGAUGAUCUCAUCCUCGAACAGCUUGCUCGAAACCGUGUAUUUCUCAACGACGAAGGCCUAGAAAAGCUCCGAUCUUCCUUUAUAAUAGUUGUUGGCUGUGGAGGAGUAGGCUCUCAUGCGGCUGCGGCCCUUGCUCGAUCGGGAGUAGGAAGAAUUCGGCUCAUAGACUUCGACCAAGUUACGCUCUCAUCACUAAAUCGACAUGCACUUGCAACAUUGGCCGACGUAGGAACACCGAAAGUCCACUGUAUCGAGAAAAGAUUGCAGCAAGUUACCCCCUGGGUGCGAUUUGAUUGCCGAAAUCAGCUAUAUAGCGAGGCAGCUGCGGACCAACUGCUCAACCCGUGGUCUAUGGCGAAUGAUACGGUUACCCGCAAACCGGAUUAUGUCCUUGACUGCAUUGACAAUAUAUCAUCCAAGGUCUCGCUGCUUCACUACUGCCACUCGCGUGGUAUCAAGGUGAUUUCAUCUAUGGGUGCAGGCUGUAAAUCGGAUCCUACCCGGGUUGCUAUAGGGGACAUCUCACUCAGUCUAGAAGACCCUCUAUCAAGGAGCACAAGACGCCGUCUGAAGAUGCUCGGUGUUUCAAGCGGCAUACCCGUCGUUUUCUCACUUGAGAAGCCAGGCCCAGGAAAAGCCGAGCUCCUACCCCUAGCCGAAGAGGAGAUCAGCAAGGGCGAUGUCUCUGACCUGGGUGUGCUGCCGGAUUUUAGAGUCCGUAUACUUCCAGUUCUAGGCACCAUGCCCGCUGUCUUUGGCUAUACUAUUGCAAACCACGUCAUAUGCGAGGUAUCCGGGUACCCCAACGAAUACAACCCGGCUGGUAAAAGCAGAGAUAAAUUCUACGACAGCAUCUUGGGGGCUCUGCAGGGAACGGAAGCUCGUCUUGCAAAGACUAUCGAAGGGCAAGAUCCGGUUGGAUUGAGAAUACCGAUCAGCAAGGAGGAUGUUGGAUACCUUAUUGAAGAGGUAUGGAGAAGCAAGAGCGUGGUCAGCGGUCUUACAACUCGGCUUGUGCUGAUACGAUGGGAACGACCUGUUCAUGGUUUCGGGGCUGACCCGGAGUUGCUGAAGCAGGGCCAAAAAGGGGUACGAUUACAGCUCAGCGAGCUAGUGUGCAUGACCAAGGAGGAGGCGCUGCACCAUGAGACGGAAGUUCUCAAGGGAGGCAAGAAACACUCAGAGGUCUACGAUGAUACGAUUAUACAAAAAGUUAGAGAGCGUAUGGAGGAGGAGCGGUUUUUCCAGCGAUAUAGAUCACUGCGCAAAUCAACCGGAAGGCAUGAAGCAGACAGAGUUUGCAUCAACCAAGGUUCCAUGACCGGCAAGCGAUACCUGCUCGUCCUGCUCGUCCUCAUAUGUCUGUCCUUCGCAGCCUGGAGGAGCCUAGGAUACUCCACUGUGGAAACAGUAAAAGACAAGGAGCUAGACAGGGCCUUGGAUGAAGGCAACAGAGACCGCAUCGGUGGAUGGUUCGGGUCGAACGCACUGCCAGGUUUUAGUGAUAUGGCUCACAUACAGACCUUGGAUGCACGGCUGUUACCGGGCGAGAAGAAGGCGUGGUUCCGCCGUUCAAAACGAAGGCUUAUAAUUGUUGGCGAUGUUCAUGGAUGCAAGGAUGAGUUAGAGAAACUGCUUGCACGGGUAUCGUUUAACCGUGAGAAAGGAGACCACUUGAUUUUCACCGGAGACUUGAUAUCCAAGGGCCCCGAGAGCGUUGAAGUAGUGCGUCUUGCACGGAAGUACAGCGCUUCCUGCGUUCGAGGGAACCAUGAAGAUAAGGUCCUGUUAACCCGGCGUGAAAUCUCAGGUUCAUCACGGAGUACUGGAUCUAGUGCCAAACGAGAGACAAAGGCCCAUGUCCUUGCGCGGCAACUCUCAGACGAUGAUGCAACUUGGCUUGAAUCAUGUCCUGUGAUCCUCAAGGUGGGAUAUAUCAGGGGCAUGGGGGAUGUGGUCGUUGUUCAUGGAGGGUUGGUACCGGGCGUGCCGCUUGAACGUCAGGAUCCGUCGUCUGUAAUGACCAUGAGGACUCUUGAUGUGGAUAGCCAUACACCCAGCUCGUUGAAAGAGGGUACAGGCUGGUCCAAGGUGUUUGACGAGUACCAGCAUCGGAUGGUGAAGGAGAAGAAUGAACGGCCUACUACGGUGAUAUAUGGCCACGAUGCGAAACAGCUUCCGGUGAUACGGUUGUAUACAAAAGGACUAGACACUUCAUGCGUCCGUGGAGGGAAACUUACUGCCCUGAUCAUUGGUGAUGGCGGGAGACAGCGUCUGAAACAAGUGAAGUGCAAGGGCUAUGUAUGA